AUGGCCGUCACCUCCUCCUCCCAAGCCAAGGACGAGACCAACGUUGAGCCUUGGAAAGCGGACCUCGAGGAGCAAAUCGCCGCCCAGGAAAGUUGGGGAGAAGAUCAAGUCACCGAAACUGCUUCCAUCAUUCUGCGGAUGUUCCUAGCUUUCGAAGACAAGGGCUAUAUGGCGGCUCAGCAGGCAGCACUUCAGAUUGGGGCCGAUUAUUGGGCCAAAUAUCUUCCCUCCAGUAAGGAUCCGCUGCACAAGCCAUACAUGUUGAAGAACAAAGGCUGGCCAACAUACUUACGAGAUCUUUAUCAUGUGAUCUUGUCUCAAUCCUGGCUUCAGUCUUACUGCGACCCUCGACAAGACUUGCUGGUCAGGCUACUUAUUGAGUUGCGAGACCUUCCCAAAGUCACAUACCAAGAAGAUGACUAUGAGUACCAUCCAUACCACAAUGAUCCGGUUUUCGGUAUGAUGUGUGAGGACGAAUGGAAUGGCAAAUUUCCUUCAGACCAUAAGCCUGAGCCCGAAGACCCCAAGGAGAAAGAAGAAUUCUUUCGCGAGUGUGAUGAGUGGGUCAACUUCUCAUCUUUUCAAGCACGGAUCGUUGGAGCCAAAGUUUACAAGCCUUGGGAGACAUACUUGAAGUAUCCCAGCGUCGAUAUUGAGGUGGCCCUGGAAAAAGACCUCCCUGAGGGAAAGCUUGCAGAGUGUCGACUAUUAGUUGCGUCGGAGUGGAUCAUCCAUGCUGGCAAAGUCAUCUACGACGACAUGAAGAAGACAAACAAGGAGAAAUGGGGCCCACCAAGAUGGAAGAGUUGGGCUGGAAGAAUUGAAGAGAUCUUAAAGGUUGAUGGGCAAAGCGAAGAAGUCACUGCUAGGCUACGGGUUGCAUUGGAGGAGAUGAUCUCCAUCGACACAGAGAGCAUCGAGGGGAAAUAG